AUGGAAACCCCAAAGAUGGUCCAGCGCAGCCAUCUCAGCAGCGCUGCUAAUCACUUUCUUAACAGUCCUGUUAAAUCUGUCAAUGAAUACGUCGAAGAUUGGUUUGACGCGUAUGAGCUCAGGGAAGCUUCUCCCGCGGCUCCUUGUCUUGGUCCCCGAGUCCCUCCUGCUCCUUCACAUCCUUAUCGUUGGGAUUUUGAUUGGAAGUCUGCCAAGUCGGCUAGAGUGGAACUUGAGGUACGUGGGAACGUUGAGCUAGCGGAGCUCCAGUGUCUCGACGAGCAAAUGUGUUGGUCCUCCCAAAUCCUUGCCCGCGAUGAUGUAGAUGAUAAAGUAAGUGAUAUCAGUAUCCAUCCACUCCUUUGACUUCAGGUUGCAACGGCAGAACAGAGGAAAUAAAGCAAUCAAGUAACCACAUCAGCUAAUAAAAUUUAGACGACGACAGACUUGUUGCCUCCGUCAAAUCGCUCACGACGCACAAAAAAGGAGAAAAUUGCCGCUGGAACUGAUUGUACAAACAGUCGAACGCCUCGCGAUCCUUCCCAACCAAAUCUUACAUCCGAUACCCGCGGAAAAAAUAGUCUAGCUCAUCGAACUCCACUUCCCUCAGGACCUACACCUCAAAAAUACAAGUGGCUUGUCCGCCGACUCUAUUGUAAUCGUCCUAUGUCCCAGCACAGUGGCUCAUUUAGUGAUUUGAAGCUGAAGCUGGAUAUUGCUCGGAACAUGACGGAAGACCAGCCCGGAAAAUUCUUGCGCCGUAGAAGAAGGACUAUCAAUAGGGAAGUAAAAUUAUCUUGUCCGCGCCUCCACCCUAUUACUGUAGGACAAAACCCCAGCAUGAUGGGCGGGGAGCUGCCAGACACAGGAGGGGGAAUCCGGAGGAUGAACGAGAUGAUCCGUGAGGGACCAGAUGGGCAGGGCUGGGGUACCGUGGCUGACUUGGAAGAGCGCAAAGACCGCAAGAACGAUCUUCAAUGUAAGAAAUCUAUAAAAAAUAAGGUCAGAGAACACCUGAGAAAAGCGGCUCGUUUGGCCCACAUCCGCAGGGCACGUAAGUCUUCUUACUGCGUUCGUACGAUGGAUCGAUAUUUCAAUCAAUUGAAGGAGGCCGCUGGAGCGGAUUUUUUGAAGAGGGGAAAGCAUUGUUUAAGUGCAAAGCCUUGGUAUAUGUUGUAUUAUCACAAGUAUGAAGUGGCUCCCGGUAAAGGAUUAACUGGAGCCAGUAGUGGUGUCAGAAAAAAGCGUCCGGGCUUCAAAUAUGAUCCCCACGGGGCGAGGAGCUCGUUGAGGAUGGUGACGAAUGUUGAUGGUAAUGUUGACGAAUAUGUGCACGCCAUUGAGACAGAUCUGCCGACUUUAAUCCAAUCGAUCGAUGAUGAGUUCAAUGAGUCGAGCGAGUCAACGGAGGAAGAGUCGAUUGAGUCAAGUGAGGAAGAAUCGGAAGAAGAUUGGUGAGAUGGAGACGAAGAUCGAAAGGAGGCUCCGACUUCUGCGAAAACACGACGAAUUGGUUUGAGGUGGAAAACUUUGGCGGAAUUCUUAACCCUCAAUUCUUCGCCAUCAAGAAGGAAUUGCCUCCGCUUCGUUCGCUAUGGUUUUCAUCGAACAUUGAACCAGUUCAUGAUCGAAUGAAGUUUUAUUUUUUCAUCGCCUUUGCUAAGUGGUUGCAAAAGCUGCUUUGGCCAAAGAAUUUUUUCGACAUGAACUUGCUUCGAUGAUCCAAGAUGCGUACUUUCCAGUGCUUCCUUUCAUGCACCCAUCGAACCUCAAAUAC